AUGACGAAGGAUAUUCCGUACUAUUGCGACAACGAAGAUUCAAACAUUAUAAGAUUAUUUGUUAUUAGACAUGGUCAAACGGAGCACAAUGUGCAAAAGAUUUUACAGGGGCACCAAGAUACUGAUUUAAACCGUACAGGUAUUGCCCAGGCUGCAAAAUUGGGCGAUUAUCUCGAAAAGAGUAACAUCAAGUUCGAUAAAGUGUUUAGCAGUGAUUUGAAAAGAUGUAAGCAGACUAUUCAGAAAGUUCUCGAAACAUCAGGUCAGGCGAAUAUCUCAGUAGAGUAUUGUAAAGGCCUCAGGGAACGUUGUAUGGGGGUCAUUGAAGGUAUGCAUAUUACAGAUGCUGAAGCUUAUGCUUCAAAGCACGGUAAAGGCUCGUUUAGAGAUUUUGGAGAAAGUCCCGAUGACUUUUUAGAGAGACUCACCUCCUGUCUUGGAAAAUGUAUCGCAGACUCUAUCGCUGAAAACAGUCAGGUCGCAAACCUAGCUGUUGUAAGCCAUGGGGGCGCUAUAAGAACUUUAUUAAGAUGGUUGCAUUAUGAAGAAGGAAAUGCCCACAAUAUUAUUGUGUUCAACACAUCAGUAACAAUUAUAGAUUAUUUUAGACAGACUGGGGAGUUCGUCGUAAGACGGGUCGGCAACACCCAGCAUUUAGGAGAUGGUGAAUUUGUAGUCAGCGAUUUAAGGUUGCGGUAA